GCCUGAUGACGCACAGACUUACUUGGCUGAUGUCCCUCACUUGUGGAGAGGAUGGCUCAAGUAGAGGACGCAUUUGCCAGAGGGCAAGACGAACCUUGGUUGACUGCUAGGCAAUGGGUCCGCGGAAUAACGGAUUAUAGAUACGCAAUCUGCUCUAGAACGCCUUACAAUCAAUGACUUCAGCGAUUUUUCCGGUGGUCUCCAAUAUGUGCAUGCGGGGAUCAAGCACCGCUACCUUCCGGGACGCGUUGCACGAAAGGACUUUUCUUCGACACCGGAGCCGGCCACCAGUGGCUUCUUUCCGGACAACGAAAGAGCAGAAAGAAAGUUCCAAGCACAGCACUUGUUAA